UAUUAAAACACUGGGUUGAUUCGAUUCUGACCUACGCUGAAGAUACAGAAGACAUCAUGCCAAAGAUUCUUUUUGCAGCAACACACAAGGAUAGUUGUGAUCAGUCAAAGCUUUUGGCGCUGAAAACCAAAUUUAUCGAAACUGUUCAGCAGAUGUUCUCUACAUACGAGAAAAAAAGCCACAUGGUUCUCGAGACCGUGUAUUUUAUUGAUGCGCGAGAUCCCAAAGACCAUGAAAUAAAGGAAAUGACUGAUAAGGUUGUUUGUUUUGCAAUGCAACAGUCUACAUGGGGUAAAUGGCGACCAAUGCUAUGGGUACCACUGGAAAUACAAAUUUCGAACAUGAGAUUGAAGAGCAUUAAUUUGAUUAACAAAGGACAGCUUGAACAAGUGAACAAGCUGAAUGGUGAUCUAGCCUUAGACGAGGACCAGUUGGUAUAUUUCUUAUUAGCUCAUCAUUCGCUAGGUAAACUGAUAUACUACGAUCUACCGGGUUUAAACCAGUUUAUAGUCAUUCAUCCGCCUGCAUUAGUUAACAUUCUUAGAGCGUUUAUCACCGAUGACAUGUUUUGGUCAGAAGAAACAAAUCUCCAAAAAAUUUUGCAAACAUUGAGAAAAUCUGGAAAAAUCUACAAAAAGGAUCUUCUACUUCUAUGGGAACAACAUGAAUGUCAACAAUACAUUAAAGAUAAUAAGACAAAAGACUUUCUUAUAUGCUUAUUUGCUCACUUGGAUAUUCUUGUAGUCCCAAAAGGAAUAAAUCGAAGUCCUCCCGCUGCAGACUUUUAUCUUGUUCCAUGUAUGGUAAAUGCAGAUUGUCCGGUUGACUUUAUAGACUUUCAUGAAUUAAGUAAUAAAACAAUAUGCUUAAUAUAUUCGUUAUCCAUGCAAUCCAUUCCUACUUCUCUUGCUUACAAAAUCAUUGGAGGAGCAGCAGGUAUUUGGCCUUUUAAGGAGGAUGAAGACGGAAAACCAUGUCUUUAUCAAAAGGCUGCAAUCUUGCAUGCAGGUGACGACAUGGAACUACGUGUGCAUUUAGAAGACAAACGUAUUAUGGUUUAUCUAUCAAAUAAGGAAACUAUAGAUUACAUUUCACCUGAUAUUGCAGCAAGCAUACAGGAAUGUCUGACACAAACUCUUGAGUCGUCUCUACUGUUUUACUAUAACAGCUUUGGAAAGAAAAAAACGCAAACUGAUGUGAAGAAGUUGUUUGAGUUAAGUGGUGGUUUGCUUUGCAAUAACAGUGUUUGCCACUUAGCUUUAUCCGAGGCAAAAUAUUCGGUUUCUUGGAAAUGCAGCCAUAGAUUGGAACAUGAUAGAAAGUACUUAUUAAAAUGGUAUUUUGAUAAAGAACAGAAAACGUGUACAACUGACUGUCGAGGUCCAGAUGAGACGAUGUUACACAAAGUACCAAAUGAUAAGCAUCUAAUGAGAUUGACAAGUGAGAUUGAUAUACAUAUGUUUGAGAAGGUAUUGCGCCAGCUGGAUUAUACUGAAAACAUAAUAAAAGAGUGGAGGAGAAUUGAAUACCAAUUUAGCAGUACUCACAAUUUACUUAGUAUCAUGUUUAUGGCACUUCAUUAUUGGAGAGAGAAAAAAACCUCCGAUCUUGAAAAUCCUUCUUUGUUUGAUAUAAACAAGGCUUUAUCAACAACUAACGUUAACAAACAUUCAAUAUGUCAGAUUUUCAGAGAAGACACAACAUUACAUGAUGUGGCAGACUCGCUGCAUGACAUACCAAGCGACGAUGUAUUGAAGGAGGUAGCACAACGCAUCGGAAAUCGUGCUAUCCAGUUGGGCAUUGAACUAGGACUCAGCUUUAAUGAAUUACAAGAAUCAAUGGUCGAAUAUUCAAGAAACAUGUUUGAUCAGACUUAUGACAUAUUACGUAAAUGGAAAGCUAAUUCAAGUGUAAAAACAGUUUACUCCCUUGUUGUUGCUUUGAAACGUGUGGCUCCAUCCUGUGCAAAUUAUUUAAGAGAAAAAUUUGUGCGAUAGCCAAUAUUGUUGUUCUUGUUGCAACGCCUACAUACUAACAUGAUAUAUUGGUUAAACAAAUUAAAAAAAAGUUUUAAAGGUAAAAUUGUACGGAUUUGACUAACGCAGUAUGCAAAUUAAAGAAAAGGGAAAACAAUAAAGGAAAGGAAUACCAACUUGAAAGCAACUGCAUUAUAUAAAUCUUCAUCAAAAUAAAAGAUCAGUUAUUAAGCAUGGUUUACUAGAAUAAGACAUCAAUAAAUUCAGGUCUUUAAAGAUUUUUGAAAGAUUGUCACCAGUUCAAGUUAUACUACAACUUUUGCGAUUAAGAACCAUGAAUAUAUCACCAUUUAUCUUUUUUUUAAUGCCAUUUAUAUUUAAACUAAAAAUUAAUAUGUGUUCAUCAUAUUUAGUCAAAACAUAUGCCGCUAACAAAAUAUUUUCAUUUGAAAAUUUCGCAAACUGUACACCCUGUUUCGUUGAGACAUUCGAUAUCGUAUGAAUGUAUAAUCUUUUCCUUUAAAAAGUAAUUUGUAAAUAUGUCAAUAAAAGAAAGACAAACAAUCGUUAGCCAAAUAAACUUCACUAACAUUCUUCACCAGUCAUUGGUCAUAAAAAUGGUAUCUUCAUUUUAUGUAGUUUGUUUUUCAAAUAAAUGACAAAACAUUA